AUGGACGAGGAGAACCAUCCCCUGCUCGUGCAUGCGGGGGAGGAUGAGCUGUGGGACGCGGUGGAGGAGGGGGUGCCGGGCGCCGAUCGCACCUUCACGGUGAAGAGGCUCCUGGAAGAGCACCCCACAGAGGUCCUGAGAACGCUGCAGAAGCGCAGCGUGCGGCGCGUGGCGGAGUUCCUCGUCGAGGACCACCUCGUCCUGGGGCGGCUGGGGGACGACUCCAUCCUGACCAUGGGCUCCGACAGCCCCACCCUGGACAAUCCCGAAGAGGCCUGGCUGCGCUUCCUGGGCGCCUCAGCCUCCAAGAAGAAGCAGAAGAAGGGGCAGCAUGGCUGGAGCAGCACCAUCCCGGUGCUGGCAUACAGCAUCCGCGUGGAGAAUGCUGCCGCCCCCGACCAGGACGGCCUCCUCCAGCCCCUGCUCAAGCGCUGGCAGGGGGCCGGCUGUGGCAUGGAUGUGUUUGCCCUGCCCGCUGCGGUGAUCGACUGGAAGUGGACUUCCUACUGCCACAACCUGCUGCUGGUCGAGCUGGCCUUCUUCAUGCUCUGGCUCUGCAGCUUUGCCGUCUUCACCGUUCUCUUCCAGGACGAGGACACAAGCCUGAGCCUGCGCGAGCUGGUGCAGACGGCGCGGGGACGUGGCACGGUGGCGGCGGACGUGCUGGCGCUGGUGGGCAUGGCCCCUUUCCUGGCCAUUGAGGGCGCGACCCUGGCGCACUACGGCCCCCGCGGCUGGGCCAGCCUGUGGAACCUGCUGGACUUGACCACCUACGGCCUGCAGGCCUACAUCACCUUCCUGCACCUGGGUCGCGUCACGCUCAAGGCCGGCUGGCUGUCGGUGGCGGCGGCGCUCCAGUGCAUCCUGCUCCUCUUCCGCCUCCAGUACUUCUCCCGCGUCUUCAAGUCCACGCGCUUCUCCUUCGUGGACGACCUGAAGGAGGUCAUGCAUGACGUCAAGUACUACCUCGUCUUCCUGCUCCUGGUGGUGGCUGGUUGGGGCCUCGCCCUGCACAUCCUCUUCCGCGAGGACCAGGAGGAGCACAAGGAGUUCAGCACCUACCCGCUCACCCUCCUCACCAUGGUCACCUGGCUGGACGGCGACGUGGAGCUGGACGGCCUGCACAAGAGCCACAACCCAGUCACCGCCUCCCUGCUGGGCGUCGGCUUCGUCUUCGUCAUGGGUGUGGUGCUCAUGAACCUACUCAUCGGCAUCCUCACCGCCAGCCUCGAGCGGGUGACCGACAACGAGGGCCUGCGCAUGCUCCUCUCCAAGGCCCAGGUCAUCGAUGAAAUCGACAGCACCCUGCCCAGGUUUGUGGAGAACAAGUAUCCCCACCUCUAUCCCAAGUACCUGCAUGUCCUGCGGGUUGACCCCGGGAGGCUGGACCACGUGGAGGUGGCCAGCGAGUACAUUGACGAAAGUGGUGGCAAUUCUGCCAGUGCGAGGAGCAGGGAGGAUCUCAUCACCGAGGCAGCCCGCAUCUCGCAGCUUGCACAGGAGGUGUGUAGAAGCCCGGCGCCGUAUGGCGGGCCACCCAUCCCUCGCGUCGGUGGCCCGGGUCAAGUCCCUGCGCCCAUGCCCCCGGCCGGUGGGCCCGGGAAGAAGGCGUUUAUCGUGGGCAUCAACUACCGGGGUCAGCGCGCGGAGCUGCGGGGCUGCAUCAACGACGCGCAGUGCAUGGAGUACAUGCUGCGCACACGCUUUGGCUUCUCCCAAGAAAACAUUCUGCUGAUGACGGAGGACAUCAGGGACCCAAGCCGCCUGCCCACGCGGUACAACAUAUUUUGCGGCAUCCAGUGGCUCACUUCAGGGAUGAAGCCGGGGGAUUCCCUGGUCUUCCACUACUCCGGGCAUGGCAGCCAGCAGCCUGACUACAGCGGAGAGGAGCCGGAUGGGAAAAACGAGACGUUGUGCCCCUUGGACUUCCAACAGGCCGGCGAGAUUGUGGACAAUGAUCUCAAUAGGUACCUCAUUAAUCCCAUCCCUCAGGGCGUGAAGCUGCAUGCCAUCGUGGAUGCGUGCCACUCGGGGUCUGUGAUGGACCUGCCCUUCUCUGCCAUGAGCUACAACGGCGUGCCCCAAUGGAGGAGCGAGUACCAGUGGCAACCUCGCGCCCACAAGGGCACGGCAGGCGGCUUUGCUGUGCAGAUCGGGGCGUCCACGGACUCGCAGACUGCGGCAGAUACCACCCAGCUGUCAGGAGCAGCCACGUAUGCCUUCAUCCAGGCAAUAGAGCAGCGAGGAACGACCAUGACGUAUGGCGAGCUGCUGGUGGCCAUGGACUGGACGCUGCACCACGCGCUGGGAGGCUCCUCGGGCGGCGGUGGCGGCGGCCUCGGCGGAUCCCUGCUAGGGGGAAUGGGCGGCGGGGGCCUGACCUCCAUGCUUGGGGGCAUGCUGCUGGGCAACACCGCCAACUACCAGCGGCAGCAGCCGCAGCUCAGUAGCGUGUACACCUUCGACCUGGGCUUCAAGUUCUCGCUGUGA